GAAAGCUCGUUCUGCUCGGCGAGGGGACGCCAUGCCCGCCUGGGUGGUCUUUGGGGGGCUCCUCUGGAUGCUGAUCGUCUCAGCCGCGGGGGUCUCCGAAGUCGAGCUGGACCUGAGAGCGCGGCUCUUGCAGAAUUACACCGCCACGGUGCUUCCCGUCCGCCGACUCUCCCAAAAGGUCCCGGUGAGGCUGGGCAUGUCGCUCUCGCAGCUGAUCAGCUUAAAUGAAAAGGAUGAAGAACUGACCACAAAGGGCUACUUGGACCAGGAGUGGAUCGACUAUCGGCUCACCUGGAAUCCAGCCGAAUUCGAAGGAAUCACGUCCAUCCGACUCGGUGCAGGCGAAGUGUGGCUCCCGGAUAUCGUUCUAAUGAACAACAACGAUGGCGUCUUUGACAUUGCUCUCAGCAUAAACGUCCUUGUGCACCACAACGGGAGGGUCCAGUGGCAGCCCCCUGCCCUUUAUCGGAGCAGCUGCAGCAUCCAGGUGACCUAUUUCCCGUUCGAUUGGCAAAACUGCACGAUGGUCUUCCGCUCGAAGACGUACGAUGCCUCGGAAAUCACCCUCCUGCACCCCGUCAACGAGAAAGGGCAGGAGGUGAAGGAGAUCCUGAUAUACGAAAACACAUUUAUCGACAACGGGCAGUGGGAGUUCAAGCACAAGCCCUCCCGCAAGAACACUAAUCCAAAAGAUCCGUUCUACGAGGACAUCACUUUCUACCUCAUCAUCCGCCGUAAACCACUCUUCUACCUCAUCAAUGUCAUCUUCCCUUGUAUCUUGAUUACGAUCCUGGCCAUCUUCGUGUUUUACCUCCCGCCGGACGCUGGCGAGAAGAUGACCCUCUCCAUCUUCGCCCUCCUCACCCUCACCGUCUUCCUGCUGCUGCUGGCCAAAAAGGUCCCCGAGACGUCCCUGGCGGUGCCCAUCAUCAUCAAGUACCUGAUGUUCACCAUGAUCCUGGUCACCUUCUCCGUCAUCUUCAGCGUGGUCGUCUUGAACAUCCACCAUCGCUCGCCCAGCUCCUACAAGAUGCCCUUCUGGGUCAGGCAGGAUCCCUCGGUAUCUGUGCCUGCAGCGUCCGAAGCCGGAGCAGCCCCUCCAGGCCCCCCCUCUGCCCCCCAAGGAGACCUUGGUGAAGAGCAGCCGCUACGCCAACGAGUAUUUCAUCCGGACCCCCACCUGCGACUUCUCCAAGCCCAACAGGUUCCAGCUGGAGGCCUUCUCCACGGACAUGAGGAGGUUCAUCGAUGGCCCCAGCCACUGCCUGGCCCUCCCGCCGGACCUCAAGUCCGCCCUGGACGCCGUCCUCUACGUGGCCCAGCAGCUGCAGGAGCAGGAAGACUACGAUGCCAUGAAGGAAGACUGGGAGUACGUGGCCUUCGUGGUGGACCGUCUCUUCUUCUGGACUUUCAUCGUCUUCACCACCAUUGGCACCCUCAUCAUCUUCCUGGACGCCAGCCUCCACCUGCCCCCGGAGAAGCCCUUCCCCUGAGGAGACCCUCCCAUCAGGAAGGUAGACCCUCCCCCGGCCAGCCGGAGAAGGCGACCCAGAAGCUGGUGGAGAUGCCUUCAACCGUCUCCAUCCGGAACAGCAGCUCCUCCAACGUUGCGUUCUUUGAAUGGGUUGGACUGGAACUCCCAUUUCUCCCCACCGGAAGGGGGGCUGAGGCUCAUAGGAGUUGGAGUCCAAGAUGGGUGGAAGACCCUGUCUCCCCCCACGAAAGGUUUCCCUCAAAGUCUUGCUACUUUUGAGUUGUGGAUUGGAAGAAUGACUCCUUGGGAAUUUUGCUCUCGUUGGAAGAAGGUUGUGGAGAGACGUAAUUAGGGUUUCUGUCACCCUGAAUUUCCUCCUGGUCUCCCCCUAAAUUCCCUCCUCCCAGUCUUGGGCGUUCCAGAAGGGUGAGACUACAAUUCCCAUCACCCUGUGCACACGCCACAGGCAGCCAAUGAGGAUUUAACCGAUUCUGCUUUACCUUUGUGAAAAUUAAACCCUCAUUUUAUUUUA